AGUCACAUUUCAGCCACUGCUCUGAGAAUUUAUCGUGAGCAGUCCCGGCAGACUGUUAUUUCUCUACAACUGAAGAUAUGAUCAUCUUAAUUUACUUAUUUCUCACGCUGUGGGAAGAAGUUCAAGGAUGGGGAUUCAAGGAUGGGAUUUUUCAUAACUCUAUAUGGCUUGAACAAGCAGCAGGUGUGUACCACAGAGAAGCCCGGUCUGGCAAAUACAAGCUCACGUAUGCAGAAGCCAAGGUGGUCUGUGAAUUUGAAGGUGGCCGUCUUGCAACCUACAAGCAGCUAGAGGCAGCCAGAAAAAUCGGAUUUCAUGUCUGUGCUGCUGGAUGGAUGGCCAAGGGCAGAGUUGGAUACCCCAUUGUGAAGCCAGGGCCCAACUGUGGAUUUGGAAAAACUGGCAUUAUUGAUUAUGGAAUCCGUCUCAAUAGGAGCGAAAGAUGGGAUGCCUAUUGCUACAACCCACACGCAAAGGAGUGUGGUGGUGUCUUUACAGAUCCAAAGCGAAUUUUUAAAUCUCCAGGUUUCCCAAAGGAGUACGAAGAAAACCAAAUCUGCUACUGGCACAUUAGACUCAAGUAUGGUCAGCGUAUUCACCUGAGCUUUUUGGACUUUGAUCUUGAAGAUGACCCAGGUUGUUUGGCUGACUACAUUGAAAUAUACGACAGUUAUGAUGACAUCCAUGGCUUUGUGGGAAGAUACUGUGGAAACGAGCUUCCAGAUGACUUCAUUAGUACAGGAAAUGUCAUGACCUUGAAGUUUCUGAGUGAUGCUUCAGUGACAGCAGGAGGUUUUCAAAUCAAAUAUGUUGCAGUGGAGCCUGUAUCCAAAUCCAGUCAAGGAAAAAAUACAACUACAUCUACUGGAAAUAAAAACUUCUUAGCUGGAAGAUUUAGUCAUAUAUAAAAAUUUUUUUAAAGGGAUAAUCAAAGUAUGCAGUGAUUAUGUUUGUAUCUUUUGAGACGCCUUUGAUCUCACUUUUAUAUUAUUAUUAUUAACAUUUAUUUAUUAUUUUCCUAAAUGUGAAAACAAUACCUAAUUUAGGGGAGAAUUGAAAAAAGAAGAAAAUGUUAAAUGAGGAGAUAAAAUCUAUUAUAAUCCCAAUGCAUAGAAAUAGCAAGCAUUAACAUCUGUAUUAUUUUUCUUUCAGUUAUUUUUCUAUUUGUGGUAUAUGUAUAUAUGUAUCUAUAUGUAUUUGUAUUUGAAAUUUUGUAAUUCUGCUCUAUGUACAGUUUUAUAUCCUGGUUUUUUAACCAUGAACUUUAUAGUUUAAGUAUUUUCCCAAAUCACUGAGUAUUGUACAAAAACAUGAUUUCAAACAGCUGUAAAAUAUUCUGUGGUAUGAUUGGUUCGUGUUAUUUAAUCCUGUCUCUUGGAAUUUCAGGUUGUUUCGUAAAUAUUACUGCAAUAAAUAUUCUUGAACACACA